AUGUUGAUCCCUCACCCAUCAAUGCUAGUUGCACCCCAAAACACCCUAGGAAAUGACAUGGAAGGACAGCAGCAGAACUUUGAUGGACCUCUGAUGCCAAACCAGUCCAACAUACCCUCUGAGUUUGUAUGGCCCGAUAAUGAGAAGCCAUGCCUGGUAGCACCAGAACUCAAAAUUCCACCCAUUGACAUGAAGGGGUUUCUCUCGGGAGAUCCACAGACUGUGUCAAAAAUUUGUGCUGAAGUGAGUGAGGCAUGCAAGAAGCAUGGCUUCUUUCUUGUUGUCAACCAUGGGGUUGAUAAGAAGCUCAUAGAUCAAGCUCAUAAGCUCAUAGAUACUUUCUUCUGCAUGGAUUUGCCAGACAAGCAGAAGGCUCAGAGAAAACUUGGAGAACAUUGUGGCUAUGCUAAUAGCUUCAUCGGAAGGUUCUCCUCCAAACUUCCUUGGAAGGAAACACUUUCUUUCCAUUACUCUGCUGAUAACUCCGGCAAAACUGUUGAGGACUAUUUUGUGAAUGUCUUGGGGGAAGAUUUCAGGCAAUUUGGGAUUUUGUUUCAAGAAUACUGUGAAGUCAUGAGCAAUCUGGCUCUCGAGAUCAUGGAGCUUCUGGGGAUGAGCCUAGGAGUAGACAGGGAAUGUUUCCGAGAAUUCUUCAAAAAUAAUGAAUCGGUUAUGAGGUUGAAUUACUACCCACCAUGCCAAAAACCUGAGUUAGCUUUAGGAACUGGGCCUCAUUGUGACCCUACAUCCCUAACCAUUCUCCACCAAGAUCAAGUCGAGGGCCUCCAAGUCCAGGUCGAUGGAAAAUGGUACUCUGUCGCUCCAAAAGAAGAUGCGUUCGUUGUCAACAUUGGCGACACAUUUAUGGCUCUAUCUAAUGGGAUAUUCAAGAGUUGUUUGCAUAGAGCAGUUGUGAACAACCAAAUUGUGAGAAAAUCACUUGCUUUCUUCCUGUGUCCAAAUAGAGAAAAAUUGGUGACUCCUCCAAAGGAUCUGAUUACCAUGGAGAAUCCGCAGGCAUAUCCUGAAUUCACAUGGCCAAGUCUUCUUGAGUUCACCCAGAAACAUUACAGGUCUGACACAAAAACACUUGAUGCUUUCGCGACAUGGCUACGCGAGAAAAACAAGUGA